GCACCGUGUACUGUUAUGUUUUUUAUUGUUAACGAUCGGUAAAGACAGUAGGAAAGAGACGUAUUUAACUAUUUAACGAUUAAGGAUUUUUCGUGGUCGAAUGAUAAAGUAAAGACGUACAUACGUGUGCAGCCUGUCGUUUCUAUAGUACAUACACAUAAGAGGAGCGCUAUCGUCGCGUAAUGUAACAGUUGCACAUAAUAUAACAGUGAGAAGAAGCCGCGCUAAGGGACGCGUAGCGUCACAUGACAUUGUUGGUGUUAUUUCGGAGGAAACGUUUUUGGUCGUGAAUUACUCGUUUCAUAGAUUUUCAAUACGUGGUUGGCAAGGUUAAGGAAAUUAAUUUGGUUCUGUAUAUAAACGUGUCAACGACAGAAUGUCUGAAAAUAUCGAGGAAAUGAUCGAAGAAGAAAAUUCCGUUACAAUGUUGGAUGUCCUUCGAGAAGAGAAUCAAUUAGAGGAAGACGCGUAUGCGGUGCUAGGCGCGUCCGAUGACAAAAAUUGCACUUAUAACAAGGGGUAUACACGGCAAGCCCUUUACGCGUGUAAAACUUGUUGCCAAAAAUCAGUUCGGGCAGCAGUUUGCCUUGCUUGCAGUUUUCAUUGCCACGAAGGUCACGAACUGAUUGAAUUAUAUACCAAAAGGCAUUUUAGAUGCGAUUGUGGUAAUCCAAAGUUUGGAGAGAAAAAGUGUAACUUGGACCCUUCUAAGGAUUCGAUAAACGUGGAAAAUCAGUAUAAUCAUAAUUUCGACGGUCUUUACUGCACUUGCAAGAGACCGUAUCCGGAUCCAGAGGAUACUGUAAACGACGAAAUGUUGCAGUGUGUAAUCUGCGAGGACUGGUAUCAUUCCAAGCACUUGGAAUGCGAAAAGGAAAUGCCAGCGGAUGGAGCAUACAACGAGAUGAUUUGUGCCGGAUGUAUGAGAAAGAAUGAUUUCCUUUGGAAUUAUGCAAACAAAUACACGGCUUUUGCAGCAGGGAGCGAAGUUUCUUCCGGGGAUAAAGAAGGUGAAACGAUCGAUGUUGAAAAUCAGUCGAAGGAGGAAUGUACAAUGCCACAUAAGAAUGCUACUAAAAAGAUUUCAUCGCGAGGAAGUUGUUUCUGGACGGAAGGAUGGAGAGCCGCGCUAUGUACUUGCGAAUCUUGCAAAGAGGUUUAUCGAGAGAAAAAUAUCACAUUCCUUCUUGAUCCAACGGACAGUGUACAUGCUUAUGAGGAAGCGGGCAAAACGAACAGUCGAGAAUCGCAAUACGAGAAGGGUAUGAAAGCCCUUGCAUCGUUGGGUCGCGUGGAACAGUUGACCGCAAUCGAAGAAUACAAUAACAUGAAGGAGCGGUUAAAACAGUACUUGCAAAAAUUUGCUGAAAAUAAAAAAGUUGUACGAGAAGAAGAUAUAAAGGAAUUCUUCUCGGAAAUGGAAUCGAAGAAGCGGCCAAAAGUUGUGAUACCUACAUAUUGUCGUUGAGAGAAGG